GAGCGUCGAGGUGCGGUCAGGUUGUUCAAACUUCUGCGAAGGAAACCCUGCUACCGAGAAGGGAAAAUUUGAUGCAGCAGGAAAGUUUGCAGAGCAUAAAACGGUGCCGCUUGUAGUUCGUGCAGCUCGCGUUGUGCCAUCGAAUUUUACCUCGAAACCGACGGCGCAGGCUCCUUCGCGAGGAACUUCGCGAUGCGGAGUUUGUGACGUUUUCGUUGUAAACAGGCUAGUUUCCUAGCAGGAAAAGUGCUGCUCCGAUGGUUCGCGUUCCUAGUUGCGACGAUGCAGUUGUUUAUUUAACUUAGAAAGAUCAUUCGUCGCAUCGUGCUUCCCGCGUCGUCGGUCGCUGCGUAUCGAGCAGAGUGUGAUUGUGAGUCGAAAUCCAACAGAGAUUCCCGCGAGUCGAAAGCGUCUUCUUAGCGGUGGCGGUUGGUGGCGAUCGAAAGCAUAAAGUAUCCUAUUAUUUAUUACCCACAAAGUAAACACCGCUGCGAGCGAAGCCUGGAUCGCUGUGCGUGGGGGGGAAGGCAGCGGAUGUAAAAUAAAUAAACACGCUCGGACGAUCGACAUCCGGCGGGAGCGUUCGAAAAACCAAACGAAAAGUGAUCCAUAGCCAAGCACCGCGGCGCAAUUCGGUAUCGAUCAUCACGACCACCUUCACGAUCACGGUGGGGAAUGGAUCUUGUCCUUCGCACCGCGAAUGGGACAAAUUGUUGAUCGCACGCUGCGGCACGUUGGCGAUUUUGGUAUUUGCUUUACUCUCUUGCUGUGAGUGUGGAAAUGUGAAAUUAAUCAAACCCCUGUUCCCGGCUUGGUGUUUCGUUCCUUUUCGCUGAUAUUUUACAGCUGGCUCCAGUGCAGAGGAAGAGAAGUGCGUUGAAAGAGCGUGUGCUGGUGUGUUUGUGUAUUUGUUAAUUCAGAUUGAUUCGAAGUUGAGUGUAGUGCGUUUGCAUUGCGGGGUACGAGAGCAAGAAAAUAAUUAUUCAAUAUUCAAAGCAGAAAAGAGUGCGUGUGUUCCGGAUCGUUCUGGUUCGAUUUCGGUUUUCCUUUUCCGAUGUUGCUCAGCCGGUGCGGGUCGAUGAAAGGUCCUUGGAAAACUAGUGUGCUUUAAUAGUUUUUUGUUGAUUGGGGGUGAAAAAAAGCAUCAAGUGCAGGGCACAAGUCUGUGUUUCGUUGAAUGGCUUUUUGAAGUUCUGCUUCCGAAGAGGGAAAAGAAAAAUUACACGAGAAGCCCCGGGGGAAAGUUCUGGCCCCAGGAAAAGUGAAGUGAAAGUUUCUCCGUUACAAAAGGCGCUCACCGGCAAAGGCUUCCAAAUGGCAACCAAAUCGAAACGAUCAUCCGGCCAACGGGGGCGACGGCAGCAGCCCGCUCGGAACGAGCUGAGUCCCUGCCUCGCCGGAAGUCCGCUGCUGGUCAGCUUCCUCGUGGUGGCGCUGUUCGUCGCGGGCAACCUGUGCGCCUGGCAGGAAAACGUUCGACCGAAGCUGUACGUCUCGUUAGCCGACAAGGAGUACCUGCGGUUCCAGGGGAACGAAUCGACGAGCGACUACUUCAAGCUGGUUCUACGCGAUCCCAACAGCAACAAUCUGCUCGUGGGCGCAAGAAAUAUCAUCUACAAUCUCAGCAUCUACGACCUGUCGGAAACGACGCGCCUGUCGUGGUACUCCUCCGACGACGACAUCAAGAUGUGCAUCGUGAAGGGCAAGGACGAGGACCUCUGCCAAAACUACAUCCGCGUGCUGGCGAUUCCGUCGCAGGGGUCGCUGCUGUGCUGCGGGACGAACGCCUUCCGGCCGCUCUGUCGGACGUACUCCAUCAAUGGCAACAACUACACCAAGGAACAGGAGAAACCCGGCCAGGCGAUGUGCCCGUACGAUCCCACCCACAACUCAACGGCGGUCUUUGUUGAUAACGAGCUUUACUCCGGUACAGUUGCCGACUUCAGCGGGCUCGACCCUAUCAUCUACCGAGAGCAUUUACAAACGGAACAGUACGACAGUCUCAGUUUGAAUGCGCCCAACUUCGUCGGCUCGUUCACCCAGAGCGACUUCGUGUACUUCUUCUUCCGCGAGACGGCCGUCGAGUUCAUCAACUGUGGCAAGUCCAUAUUCAGCCGCGUCGCACGGGUGUGCAAGUGGGAUAAGGGUGGCCCGAACCGGUUAAAGAAUCGCUGGACGUCGUACUUGAAGUCCCGGCUAAACUGCUCCAUGCCGGGAGACUUCCCGUUUUAUUUCGAUGAAAUUCAGUCCACCAGCAAUCUAGUCGAGGGCAGGUACGGCCAUGCCAACUCCAAGCUGAUCUACGGAGUGUUUUCCACCGCGCCGAACGCAAUCGCCGGCUCGGCAAUUUGUGCUUUUUCCCUUCAGGAUAUUUCGGACACGUUCGAAGGAAACUUUAAAGAGCAAAGUGGAUUAAAUUCGAACUGGCUGCCAGUGAACCCACUGAACGUACCGGAUCCUCGGCCCGGCUCGUGCCACAACGACUCCCGGACGCUGCCAGACCUGACGCUCAACUUCAAAAAGACGCACUCACUGAUGGACGAGACCGUGCCCGCAUUUUUCGGCUCACCGAUCUUGACGCGCGUUAGCACGAUGUACCGCUUCACGGCCAUUGCUGUCGAUCCGCAGAUAAAAACACCCGGAGGGAAAACGUACGACGUCGUUUUCGUUGGAACAGAUCAUGGUAAAAUCCUCAAAACGGUUAAUGCCGAGUCGGCCGACUCCAACAAGAAGGUUACGUCGGUGGUCAUCGAGGAAAUAGAUGCACUUCAAACGAACGAACCGAUACGGACGCUGGAAAUUGUUCGCACCACACAAUACGACACGCCGAAGGACGGAAGUUAUGAUGAUGGAAAAUUAAUUAUAGUCACCGAUACGACGGUGCUAGCGAUUAAAUUACAUCGCUGCAGCAGCGAGAAGAUAACAAGCUGCAGCGAAUGUGUUGCUCUGCAGGAUCCUUACUGCGCGUGGGACAAAAUCGUCGGCAAAUGCCGGUCGCACGGUGCGCCCCGGUGGUCGGAGGAGAACGUGUUCUACCAGAGCGUCGCUACCGGUGACCAUGCGGCCUGCCCAUCGGGCAAGAUGGCGAAGGACGCCAACGCAGUCGAGCGGCAAGGAUAUCGCGAUCUCGAAUACGAUCCGCAGCGCCCAUUCCGGGAUCAGCCGGCAGACAAGAUACAGUUCAACUCGGAAAACUACAACGACAAGGGCCCACAGAUAACGCCUGACCUGAUCAACGCCCAGUACACGGUGGAAACGCUCGUGAUGGCGGUGCUGGCGGGGGCCAUCUUUGCGCUGCUGGUUGGCUUCAUCACCGGUUACUUCUGCGGCCGCCGGUGCCACAAGGACGAGGACGACAACCUGCCCUACCCGGACACUGAGUACGAGUAUUUCGAACAGCGUCAGAACGUUAAUCGGUUCGUUGAGCGGAUACAAGCCGAACCGAAGCUGCUUCCACAGGUCGAAGAAGUGACCUACGCUGAACCGGUACUGUUACCUCAACCGUCUAGUCAGAAUAAGAUGCAACAUUCGCCAAAGAAUACGCUAAGAAAACCGAUGGGCCACCACCAUGGCGUUAACUCGGAAACGUUGUUCCAGUUCCAGCCUGAUAGCUACAAUAACGCCCGCGACAACUACCGGGGCCGAGAUAACUUCGGCACUCUACGAUCGCAUCAGGGUGAUAAUUAUCGUCGCGGUGACGGAUUUUCAACAACACGAAGUGUUAAAAAAGUCCUUAAUUCAAACACUCGUAACAGAAGUCUCGGCCGUAUGAAAAGGCAGCCGCCCCGACAUGGCAUGGUAACACAACAUCGUUCCGACAGUCCGCACCAUUCCAGCUCCGGUUCUUCCCCAGUCAUGUCCAACAGUAGUUCCAGCCCUGCGCCUCCAUCCAGCAGCCCCAGCCCGCAAGAGAGCCCCAAGAACUGCAGCUACAUCUACCGGGAUUGAUUAAGAAACCGGCCCCAGCAGCAGCAGCAGCAACCGCAACAGCUGCAACAACAUCCAGCAGUCGAUGGCAGCGCAGCAGCUGGUGGCGACGGUGGUAUACUAUACACAUCCGGCAACAACUA